GGCACCGGCUGCAGCUGCUGUGUGCACGGGGCGACCGUUCUCGCUUUCUCGCUCCGACCUGCGCCUCUACCGCAGAGCCGUGCUCAGCAUGAUGCCCGGGGCGCGCCUCCUGAGGCUGCUGACCACGGUCUCUGCGGCAGCGGUGGUGGCAGGAGCGCCUGGGACGGCGAUGCUCCCCACCACGGGGGACGCCACCCUGGCCUUCGUCUUCGACGUCACUGGCUCCAUGUGGGACGACCUGAUGCAGGUGAUCGACGGCGCCUCGCGCAUUCUCGAACGCAGCCUGAGCCGCCGCAGCCAGGCCAUCGUCAACUACGCGCUGGUGCCCUUCCACGACCCAGAUAUUGGCCCAGUGACCCUCACGGCAGACCCCGCGGUGUUUCAGAGGGAGCUGAGAGAACUCUUUGUGCAGGGAGGUGGUGACUGCCCCGAGAUGAGUGUGGGGGCCAUUAAGGCGGCUGUGGAGGUCGCCAACCCCGGCUCCUUCAUCUACGUCUUCUCGGACGCCCGCGCCAAAGACUAUCACAAGAAGGAAGAGCUGCUGCGGCUCCUGCAGCUCAAACAAUCACAGGUGGUCUUUGUGCUGACCGGGGACUGUGGCGACCGCACCCAUCCUGGCUACCUGGCCUACGAGGAGAUCGCUGCCACCAGCUCUGGGCAGGUGUUCCACCUGGACAAGCAACAGGUAACAGAGGUACUGAAGUGGGUGGAGUCAGCCAUCCAGGCCUCCAAGGUACACCUGCUGUCCACGGACCACGAGGAGGAGGGGGAUCACACAUGGAGACUCCCCUUUGACCCCAGCCUGAAGGAAGUCACCAUCUCGUUGAGCGGGCCGGGGCCUGAGAUUGAAGUCCAGGAUCCACUGGGGAGGAUCCUGAAGGAGGACGAGGGCCUCAACGUGCUCCUCAACAUCCCUGACUCGGCCAAGGUCGUAGCGUUUAAGCCUGAGCAUCCUGGGCUGUGGUCCAUCAAGGUCUAUAGCAGUGGCCGCCAUUCAGUGAGGAUCACAGGUGUCAGCAACAUUGACUUCCGAGCCGGCUUCUCCACUCAGCCCUCCCUGGACCUCAACCACACCCUCGAGUGGCCCUUGCAAGGGGUCCCCAUCUCCCUGGUGAUCAAUUCCACGGGCCUGCAGGCACCUGGCCGCUUAGACUCAGUGGAGCUGGCACACAGCUCAGGGAAGUCCCUCCUGACACUGCCUACGAAGCCCCUCUCCAAUGGCUCCACCUACGAGCUGUGGGGUGGGCCGCCCUUCCACACCCCCAAGGAGCGGUUCUACCUCAAGGUGAAGGGCAAGGACCAUGAGGGAAACCCCGUCCUUCGUGUCUCUGGAGUGUCCUACAGUGGGGUGGCCCCAGGUGCUCCCCUGGUCAGCAUGGCGCCCAGGAUCCAUGGCUACCUGCAGCAGCCGCUGCUGGUCUCCUGUUCCGUGUACAGCACCCUUCCCUUCUGGCUGCAGCUGCGGCGAGGUGAAGCCAGGCUGGGCGAAGAGAGGCACUUGCAGGAGUCAGGAAACAGCAGCUGGGAGAUCCCGAGGGCCUCCAAGGCUGAGGAGGGGACCUAUGAGUGCACAGCCGUCAGCAGGGCUGGGACCGGGCGAGCAAAGGCCCAGAUUGUCAUCACAGACCCCCCACCGCAGCUGGUCCCUGCUUCCAAUGUGACCGUGUCCCCGGGGGAGACUGCCAUCCUAUCCUGCCGGGUCCUUGGCGAGGCCCCCUACAACCUGACGUGGGUCCGGGACUGGCGAGUCCUGCCAGCCUCCACAGGCCGAGUCACCCAGCUGGCUGACCUGUCCCUGGAGGUCAGCAGCAUCAUCCCCACAGACGGCGGGAGAUACCAGUGUGUGGCCAGUAAUGCCAACGGGGUCACAAGGGCAUCUGUCUGGCUCCUGGUGCGAGAGGCCCCGCAGGUCAGCAUCCACACCAGCUCCCAGCACUUCUCCCAAGGUGUGGAGGUGAAGAUCAGCUGCUCAGCCUCUGGGUACCCCAUACCCCACAUCUCCUGGAGCCGUGAGGGCCAAGCCCUACAAGAGGGCAGCAGAAUCCAUGUGGACGCACAGGGAACCCUGAUUAUUCAGGGGGUAGCCGCAGAGGAUGCUGGGAAUUACAGCUGCCAGGCCACUAAUGAGGUUGGCACGGACCAGGAGACGGUCACCCUCUACCACACAGACCCACCGUCGGUCUCUGCUGUACACGCCGUGGUGCUGGCUGCUGCUGGGGAAGAGGCUGUGCUGGUGUGUGAGGCGUCCGGGGUUCCCCCACCCCGAGUCAUCUGGUAUCGAGGGGGUCUUGAAAUGAUCCUGGCCCCUGAGGGCUCCAGCUCUGGGAAGCUGCGGAUCCCGGCGGCUCAGGAGAGGGAUGCUGGCGUCUACACCUGCCGGGCUGUCAAUGAGUUGGGUGACGCCUCUGCCGAAAUCCAGCUGGUGGUUGGACAUGCGCCCCGGCUGACGGAGCUGCCCCGGAACGUCACUGUGGAGCUGGGGAGUAGUGCCCUCCUGGCAUGCCGGGCCACGGGCCGCCCGCCCCCGAUGGUCACCUGGCAUCGUGGAGAUGGCCAGUCCCUGGGGUCCAGGCUGGGGCCCCGGCAGGGCAGCAGAACUCGGCAGCUGGACUCGGGAAUGCUGUUCUUUGAAAGUGUGGCCCCAGAAGACCAGGCCCUGUAUGUCUGUGAAGCUCGAAAUGUCUUUGGGAAGGUCCAGGCGGAGGCCCGGCUCUUCGUCACUGGUCACGGUUCGCUGGUGGAUCUGAGAGCCGUGGGAGUCCCCCCACAGAUCGCUGGCAGCGCCCCCACCGUCCGUGUCCUGGAGGGGCAGCCGGUGUCCCUGCCCUGCAUCAUCCUGGCUGGGCGGCCCCUCCCAGAAAGGCAUUGGCUCAAGGCCGGCCAGCCUCUCCCAGCUGGCAGCCGGCAUUCUGUCCGAGCAGAUGGCAGCCUGCACCUUGGUCGGGCAUUGCAGGAGCACGCGGGGAGGUACAGCUGUGUGGCCACCAACACCGCUGGCUCUCAGCGUCGGGACAUCGAGCUGGUGGUCCAGGUGCCACCUAGAAUCCAUCCCACUGCCACCCACCACAUCACCAAUGAAGGGGUUCCUGCCUCUCUCCCCUGCGUCGCUUCAGGAGUUCCUGCCCCCACCAUCACCUGGACCAAGGAAACCAAUGCCCUGACCUCCGGAGGUCCCCUCUACAAUGUGAGUAAGGAGGGCACCCUGCUCAUCGCCCAGCCGUCCGCCCAGGAUGCAGGGGCCUAUGUCUGCACGGCCACAAACACCGUGGGCUUCUCCAGUCAGGAGAUGCGGCUUUCUGUCAACACCAAGCCCAGGCUUCGUAUGAAUGGGUCACAUGAUGCAGAUGUGCCUCUGAGAGUCAUGGCGAAAGCUGGUGAAGAGGUGACCCUGGACUGCGAGGCCCAGGGCUCCCCACCCCCCCUGGUCACCUGGAUGAAGGACUCCCACCCUCUGCCACACACCACCAACAGGCAUGGCCUCCUCCCGUCUGGCUCUCUGCGUCUGGCCCAGGUCCAGGUGGAUGACACCGGCCACUAUGAGUGCACAGCCAGUAACCCCGCGGGGUCCGCCUCCCGUCGCUACAUUCUUGGGGUGCAAGUCCCCCCUCAGGUGCAGCCAGGCCCUCGGGUUCUGAAGGUGCUGGUGGGAGAAGCCCUGGAUCUGAACUGUGUGGCUGAGGGCAACCCAGAGCCCCAGCUGAGCUGGUCCAAGGAUGGCGUGGCCCUGCGGGGCCGGGGGCCUGAGGGCUCUGUCCACUUCACAGCCAUCGGAACCUCUGAUGCCGGGAGGUACCACUGUGAGGCCUCCAACAGCGUCGGGGUAGAUGCCUGGGACGUGGAGCUCAGAGUGCUAGAGCCACCGCACUGGGGGGCUGAUGAGACCAGUGGCUUGCUGGAGCGAGUGGCCGGAGAGAACGCCAGCCUGCCGUGCCCUGCCAGAGGGACACCCAAGCCGCAGGUCACAUGGCGGAAGGGCCCGUCCUCAGAGCCCCUGCGUGGCCGGCCAGGUGUGGCAGUGCUGGAGGAGGGGUCUCUGUUCCUGGCCUCCGUCUCACCCAUGGACAGUGGAGACUACGAGUGUCAGGCCACCAACGAGGUGGGCUCCUCAUCCAGGAGAGCCAAGCUGGUGGUCUAUGUGCCCCCCAGCAUCCGAGAGGACGGGCGCAAGGCCAACGUGUCGGGCAUGGCUGGGCAGUCCCUGACGCUGGAGUGUGACGCGAGCGGCUUUCCAGUCCCUGAGAUCGUGUGGCUGAAGGAUGGGCAGCUGAUCCCCAAGGUGAGCGGCCACCGCCUCCUGGAUGGGGGCCGGUCCCUCCACUUCCCCAGGAUUCAGGAGGGUGAUUCUGGCCUCUACUCCUGCCGGGCGGAGAACCAGGCUGGGACAGCGCAGAGGGACUUCGAUCUCCUUGUGCUCAUCCCUCCUUCAGUGCGUGGAGCUGGGGCUACCCAGGAGGUGCUGGGGCUGGCUGGUGCAAAUGUGGAGCUGCAGUGUUGGACCUCAGGGGUUCCCACGCCCCAGGUGGAGUGGACCAAGGAUGGGCAAGUACCCCCCACUAUCUGGGGCUCCAACGAGACAGGAGAGGUGGCCGUCAUGGAGGGCCACCUGGUGCAGCUCCUGUGCGAGGCCCGAGGAGUGCCCACCCCGAAUAUCACCUGGUUCAAGGACGGGGCCCUGCUGCCCCCCAGCACCGAGGCCGUCUACACUCGGGGUGGUCGGCAGCUACAGCUGGAGAGGGCCCAGAGCUCAGAUGCCGGCGUCUACACCUGCAAGGCCAGCAAUGCUGUGGGGGCCACAGAGAAGGCCACCAGGCUGGACGUUUACGUCCCACCCACCAUCAAGGGUGCUGAUAGAGGACCGUAUGUGGUGAAGGCUGUCGCUGGGAGGCCCAUGGCACUGGAGUGCGUGGCCAGAGGCCACCCGCCCCCCACCCUCUCCUGGCACCACGAGGGGCUGCCCGUGGCAGAGAGCAACAAGUUGUGGCUGGAGACGGGUGGCAGCGUGCUGAGGCUGGACAGCCUCGGGGAGGCGUCGGCUGGCCUGUACAGCUGCGUGGCCAGCAGCCCUGCCGGGGAGGCCGUGCUGCAGUACUCCGUGGAGGUGCAGGUGCCCCCACAACUCCUGGUGGCUGAAGGCUUGGGACAGGUGACCGCCAUCGUGGGCCAGCCCCUGGAGCUUCCCUGCCAGGCCUCAGGCUCCCCAGUACCCACUAUCCAGUGGCUGCAGAAUGGCCGCCCAGCGGAGGAGCUGGCCGGGGUGCAGGUGGCCUCUCAGGGUACCACACUGCGCAUUGACCAUGUGGGGCUGGAACACUCGGGCCUCUUUGCCUGUCAGGCCACCAACGAGGCAGGCACUGCCGGGGCUGAGGUGGACGUGUCUGUGCAUGAAUUCCCAUCAGUCAAUAUAAUUGGGGGCGAGAACAUCACAGCUCCUUUCCUGCAGCCUGUGACCCUCCAAUGCAUAGGGGAUGGGGUGCCUACCCCAAGCAUCCGUUGGUGGAAGGAUGGUGUAGCCCUGGCAGCCUCUGGGGGGAACCUACAGAUUGAGAAGGUGGACCUGAGGGAUGAGGGCAUCUACACUUGUGCCGCUACUAACUUGGCCGGGGAAAGCAAGAGGGAAGUGGCGCUGAAGGUUUUGGUGCCCCCCAACAUCGAGCCAGGCCCCAUCAACAAGGCAGUGCUGGAAAAUGCCUCAGUGACCUUGGAGUGUCUGGCUUCGGGCGUGCCCCCUCCCGAUGUCUCCUGGUUCAAGGGCCGCCAACCUGUCUCUUCCCGGGUGGGAGUGACAGUAUCAGCGGAUGGGAGAGUUCUCCGCAUUGAGCAAGCCCAGCUUUCUGAUGCUGGGAGCUACCGCUGUGUGGCAUCCAAUGUGGCAGGUAGCACAGAGCUGCAGUAUGGCCUACGGGUCCAUGUGCCCCCUCGAAUCACACUGCCGCCCAGCCUGCCAGGCCCUGUGUUGGUCAACACCCCUGUCCGGCUGACCUGCAAUGCCACUGGCACCCCGGGCCCCACACUGAUGUGGCUGAAGGAUGGAAACCCCGUGUCCCCUGCAGGGACCCCUGGCCUGCAGGUCUUCCCUGGGGGCCGGGUCCUCACCUUGGCCAGCGCCCGGGCCUCCGACUCUGGGAGGUACUCCUGCGUGGCUGUGAGCACAGUGGGCGAAGACCACCGCGAUGUCGUCCUUCAGGUCCACAUGCCCCCGAGUAUCCUCGGAGAAGAGCUGAAUGUGUCCGUCGUUGCCAAUGAAUCCGUGGCCCUGGAGUGCCAGAGUCACGCCCUGCCCCCACCCGUGCUGAGCUGGUGGAAGGAUGGGCGGCCCCUGGAACCACGGCCUGGAGUCCACCUCUCCACAGACAAAGCCUUGCUACAGGUGGACAGAGCCAACAUGUGGGAUGCAGGCCGCUACACCUGCGAGGCACUGAACCAGGCCGGCCACUCAGAGAAACACUACAAUCUGAACGUCUGGGUUGCUCCAGUGUUCCCCUCAAGGGAAUCCCACACCCUGACCGUGAGCGAGGGGCACCCCACCAGGCUGUCCUGCGAAUGCCGGGGCGUCCCCUUCCCCAAGAUCUCCUGGAGGAAAGACGGUAAACCCCUGCCCGGGGAGGGGGCUGGCCUCCAGCAGGUGUCGGCUGUGGGGAGGCUGCUGUACCUGGGACAGGCCCAGCUGGCUCAGGAGGGAACAUACACCUGUGAGUGCAGCAACGUGGCGGGGAACAGCAGCCAGGACCAGCAGCUGGAGGUGCACGUUCUCCCUCAGAUUUCUGGUCCCCGAGAGCCCCACACACAGGUCUCCGUGGUCCAGGAAGGAGUGGCCACUCUGGAGUGCAACGCCACAGGGAAACCCCCUCCGACAGUGACGUGGCAGCGGGACGGGCAGCCCUUGGGGGCUGAGCCGGGCCUGCAGCUGCAGAACCACGGUCAGAGCCUGCGUGUGGAGCGGGCCCGGGCUGCCCACGCCGGACACUACAGCUGCGUGGCCGAGAACGUGGCUGGGAGGGCAGAGAGGAGGUUUGAGCUCUCCGUGCUGGUGCCCCCAGAGCUCAUCGGAGACUUGGACCCGCUGACCAACAUCACUGCUACCUUGCACAGCCCCCUAACUCUGCUCUGUGAAGCCGCAGGGAUCCCACCCCCGGCCAUCCGCUGGUUCCGAGGGGAGGAGCCUGUCAGCCCUGGGGAGGACACCUACCUGCUGGCAGGUGGCUGGAUGCUGAAGAUGACUCAGACACAGGAGCAAAACAGAGGCCUCUACUCAUGCCUGGCAAGCAACGAGGCUGGGGAGGUGCGGAGGAACUUCAGCGUGGAGGUGCUGGUUCCUCCCAGUAUUGAGAACGAGGACCUGGAGGAGGUGAUCAAGGUCCCUGAGGGACAGACUGCCCACCUGACAUGCAACGUCACAGGCCACCCACAGCCCAAGGUCACAUGGUUCAAAGAUGGCCGGCCCCUGGCUGGUGGAGAUGCCCACCACAUCUCCCUAGAUGGAGUCCUCCUGUGGGUCCUCCAGGCAAACCUGUCCAGCGCUGGCCACUACACCUGCAUUGCAGCCAACACUGUUGGGGAGAAGACCAAACACUUCCAGCUCAGUGUCCUGUUGGCUCCCACCAUCCUGGGAGUGGCUGAGGACAGUGCAGAUGAGGAGGUGACCGUGACCAUCAACAAUCCCAUUUCUCUGAUCUGUGAGGCGCUGGCCUUUCCUUCCCCCAACAUUACCUGGAUGAAGGAUGGGGCCCCGUUUGAGGCCUCCAGGAACAUCCAGCUCCUCCCAGGUACCCACGGGCUACAGAUCCUGAAUGCCCAGAAGGAAGAUGCCGGCCAGUACACCUGCGUGGUCACCAACGAGCUCGGGGAGGCCAUGAAAAACUACCACGUGGAAGUGCUCAUCCCCCCUUCCAUCUCCAAAGAUGACCCCUUGGGGGAGGUCAGCGUGAAGGAAGUGAAGACCAAGGUCAACAGCACCUUGACCCUGGAGUGUGAGUGCUGGGCUGUGCCCCCGCCCACCAUCCGCUGGUACAAGGACGGGCAGCCCGUGACCCCCAGCCAGCGGCUGCGCAUCCUGGGUGAAGGGCGACUGCUCCAGAUCCAGCCCACGCAGGUCUCAGACUCGGGGCGGUACCUGUGCGUGGCCACCAACGUGGCUGGCGAGGACGACCAGGACUUCAACGUGCUCAUCCAGGUGCCCCCCAUGUUCCAGAAGGUGGGUGAUACCAGCGCAGGCUUCGAGAGCCUGUCCUGGGAGGAGGAGGUCCGGGGCGAAGUAACGGAAUACAGGGAGAUCGUGGAGAACAACCCAGCCUACCUGUACUGUGACACCAGUGCGAUCCCACCUCCGGAGCUCACCUGGUACAGAGAGGAUCAGCCCCUCUCGGCCAAGGACGGGGUGUCUGUGCUGCAAGGAGGCCGGGUCCUGCAGAUCCCCCUGGUCCGGGCGGAGGACGCGGGGAGGUACUCAUGCAAGGCCUCCAACGAGGUGGGCGAGGACUGGCUGCACUACCAGCUGCAGGUGCUGACCCCACCUGUGAUCCUGGGCGACACAGAGGAGCUGGUGGAAGAGGUGACGGUCAACGCCAGCAGCACUGUCAGCCUGCAGUGCCCGGCCCUGGGAAACCCCAUGCCCACCAUCUCGUGGCUCCAGAAUGGGCUGCCUUUCUCUUCAAGCCCACGGCUGCAGGUCCUGGAGGAUGGGCAAGUCUUACAGGUUUCCACGGCAGAGGCGGCUGAUGCUGCCAGCUACAUGUGUGUGGCCGAGAACCAGGCGGGCUCUGCUGAGAAACUCUUUACCCUCAGGGUUCAAGUCCCGCCACGAAUUGCAGGCCUGCACUUGGAGCAGAUCACUGCCAUCCUCAACAGCAGCGUCUCCCUCCCUUGCGAUGUCCACGCUCACCCAAGCCCUGAGGUCACGUGGUACAGGGACAGCCAGGCACUCUCCCUGGGCGAAGAGGUUUUCCUCCUGCCUGGCACCCACACACUGCAGCUGGCUCGAGCUCAGCUGUCGGACUCCGGGAUGUACGCCUGCGAAGCCCUCAAUGCUGCCGGCCGAGACCAGAAGCUGGUGCAGCUCAGUGUUCUGGUUCCCCCUACCUUCAGGCAGGCUCCCAGCAGCUCCCAGGAUGCCGUACUGGUGAGGGCUGGGGACAAGGCUGUCCUGAGCUGCAAGACAGACGCAGUCCCCGAGCCGACUGUGACCUGGUACAAGGAUGGGCAGCCCCUAAGCCCGGCGCGGCGGACCCAGGCUCUGUGGGGUGGUCAGAGGCUGGAGAUCCAGGAGGCCCAGGUGUCAGAUAAAGGUGUAUACAGCUGUCAAGUCAGCAACGUGGCUGGGGAGGCCGUGCGGACCUUCGUCCUCACCGUCCAGGUGCCCCCAACGUUUGAGAACCCCAAGACAGAGAUGGUGAGCCAGGUGGCUGGGAGUCCCCUGGUCCUGACCUGUGAUGUGUCCGGGGUCCCUGCACCCACGGUCACUUGGCUGAAGGACAGGAUGCCCGUGGAGAGCAGCGUGGUGCACGGCGUGGUCUCCCGGGGGGGCCGCCUCCAGCUGAGCCGCCUGCAGCCAGCCCAGGCAGGCACCUACACAUGCGUGGCUGAGAACGCCCAGGCCGAGGCCCGCAAGGACUUCGUGGUGGCAGUGCUGGUGCCCCCCCGGAUCCAGAGCUUGAGCGCGGCGCAGGAGCACCACAUCUUGGAAGGGCAGGAGGUGCGGCUGGACUGUGAGGCCGAUGGGCAGCCGCCACCAGACGUGGCCUGGCUGAAGGACGGCAGCCCGCUGGGCCAGGACGUGGGCUCCCACCUCCGAUUCUACCUGGAUGGUGGCUCCCUGGUGCUAAAGGGCCUGAGGGCCUCGGACGCAGGCGCCUACACCUGUGUGGCCCACAACCCAGCUGGGGAGGACACGAGGCUGCACACGGUGGCUGUGUUGGUUCCUCCCACCAUUGAGCAGGGAGUGGACGGCUCGGGGACCCUGGUGAGCAGGGCUGGGGAGCUGGUGACCCUGGCGUGCCCCGUGAGGGGCUCCCCGCCCAUCCACAUGAGCUGGCUGAAGAACGGCCUGCCGCUCCCGCUGUCCCAGCGCACCCACCUCCACGGCUCUGGCCGCACCCUCAGGAUUUCCCAGGUGCAACUGGCUGACGCCGGCAUCUUCAGCUGCGUGGCCGCAAGCCCAGCUGGCGUGGCACACAGAAACUUCACCUUGCAGGUGCAGGUGCCACCUGUCCUGGAGCCGGUGGAGUUCCAGAAUGACGUGGUGGCAGUUCGUGGCUCCCGGGUGGAACUCCGGUGUGAGGCCCGGGGCAUUCCCCAGCCUCUUGUGUCGUGGAUGAAGGAUGGGGAGCCCUGGUUGCCCCAGAGCCUUGAGCAGGGGCCCAGCCUGCAGCUGGAGACAGUGGGAGCUGCUGACUCAGGGACCUACUCCUGUGUGGCCGUGAACGAGGCAGGGGAAGCCAGGAGGCAUUUCCAGCUGACAGUCAUGGACCCUCCUCACAUCAAGGACUCAGGCCAGCCUGCAGAGCUGUUGCUGACCCCUGGCGCCCCCAUGGAGCUCCUCUGUGAUGCCCAGGGCAGCCCCCAGCCCAACAUCACCUGGCAUAAGGACGGGCAGGCCCUGAGCAGGCUGGAGCACAGCAGCAGAGCCACGCGGGUGCUCCAGGUGGAGAGUGUGCAGGUUGGGGAUGCCGGGCUGUACACUUGCUUGGCUGAAAGCCCUGCAGGCGCAGUGGAGAAGAGCUUCCGGGUCAGGGUUCAAGCCCCUCCAAACAUUGUUGGACCCCGAGGCCCCCGCUUUGUGGUUGGCCUGGCCCCGGGGCAGCUGGUCCUGGAGUGUCCGGUGGAGGCAGAGCCAGCGCCCGAGAUCACGUGGCACAGAGAUGGCAUCGUGCUGCAGGAGGAUGCCCACACACAGUUCCCGGAGCGGGGCCGGUUCCUCCAGCUGCAGGCCCUGAGCACGGCCGACAGCGGCGACUACAGCUGCACAGCCCGCAACGCCGCGGGCAGCACCAGUGUGGCCCUCCGCGUGGAGAUCCACACGGUGCCCACCAUCCGAUCAGGACCGCCCUCAGUGAACGUCUCAGUGAACCAGACAGCCCUGCUGCCCUGCCAGGCCGACGGCGUGCCCGCACCCCUCAUGAGCUGGCGGAAGGACGGGGUCCCCCUGGAUCCCAGGAACCCCAGGUUCGAAGUUCUGCCUGAGGGUUCCCUGAGGAUCCAGCCAGCCCUUGCCCAGGACAACGGCCACUACCUCUGCCUGGCAUCCAACUCUGCUGGCUCCGAUCGUCAAGGCCGCAACCUCCAGGUCUUUGAGCCUCCAGCCAUCGCCCCCAGCCCCUCCAACCUGACCCUGACCGCCCACACCCCAGCUUCGCUGCCCUGUGAGGCCAGCGGCUCCCCUAAGCCCCUGGUGGUCUGGUGGAAGGACGGACAGAAGCUGGACUUCCGCCUGCAGCAGGGUGCCUACCGGCUCCUGCCCUCCAACGCCCUGCUCCUUGAGGCCCCCGGCCCCCAGGACUCAGCCCAGUUUGAGUGUGUGGUGAGCAACGAGGUGGGUGAGGCCCGAAGGCUCUACCAAGUGACCGUCCACGUGCCUCCCACCAUUGCCGACGACCAGACAGACUUCACCGUGACCAUGAUGGCGCCUGUGGUCCUCACAUGUCAUAGCACAGGCAUACCAGCCCCGACCGUGUCCUGGAGCAAGGCAGGCGCCCAGCUGGGAGCGCGGGGGAGCGGCUACCGCGUCUCACCGUCGGGCGCCCUGGAGAUCAGGCAGGCCCUCCCCAUCCAUGCAGGCCGCUACACCUGCUCAGCCCGCAACUCUGCUGGCGUAGCCCACAAGCACGUCGUCCUCACCGUGCAAGCCUCCCCAGUGGUGAAGCCGCUGCCCAGCGUGGUUCGGGCUGUGGCGGAAGACGGGGUGCUGCUUCCCUGCGAGGCCUUGGGCAUCCCCCGGCCAACCAUCACCUGGCAGAGGGAAGGGCUCAAUGUCCCUGCAGGAGUGAGUACCCAGGUCCUACCUGGUGGACAGCUGCGGAUUACCCAUGCCAGCCCAGAGGAUGCUGGAAACUACCUUUGCAUCGCCAAGAACAGUGCAGGCAGUGCCGUGGGGAAAACGCGGCUGGUGGUGCAAGUCCCACCCAUGAUCGAGAACGGCCUCCCAGACCUGUCCACCACCGAAGGCUCCCACGCCUUCUUGCCUUGCAAGGCCAGGGGCAGUCCCGAGCCCAACAUCACGUGGGACAAAGACGGCCAGCCCAUGUGGGGCGCUGAGGGGAAGUUUACCAUCCAGCCUUCUGGAGAGCUGCUGGUGAAGGACCUGGAGGGCCAGGAUGCAGGCACCUACACCUGUACUGCAGAGAACGCUGUAGGCCGGGCCCGCCGCCGUGUGCACCUCACCGUUAUGGCACUGCCCGUGUUCACCACCCUGCCUGGGGACCGCAGCCUGCGACUCGGGGACAGGCUGUGGCUCCGCUGUGCAGCCCGGGGCAGCCCCACCCCUCGCAUUGGCUGGACCGUCAACGACCGGCCAGUCACAGAAGGAGUGUCCGAGCAGGAUGGGGGCAGCACGCUGCAGCGGGCAGCUGUCUCCAGAGAAGACAGUGGGACCUAUGUCUGCUGGGCGGAGAACAGAGUGGGUCGCGUGCAGGCGGUCAGCUUCGUCCAUGUGAAGGAGGCUCCUGUCCUACAAGGAGAGGCUUUCUCCUACCUCGUGGAACCUGUGGGGGGCAGUAUCCAGCUAGACUGUGUGGUGAGUGGAGACCCAGCACCGGACAUCCGCUGGAUCAAAGAUGGCCUUCCACUGCGGGACAGCCAUCUCCGGCACCAGCUACAGAAUGGCUCACUGACCAUCCGCAGGACUGAGAGGGACGACGCGGGACAGUACCAGUGCCUGGCAGAGAACGAGAUUGGCGUGGCAAAGAAAGUGGUGAUCCUUGCCCUGCAGAGUGCUCCAGUGUUCCAGGUGGAGCCCCAGGACAUGACAGUGAGAUCCGGGGAUGAUGUGGCCCUGCGGUGCCAGGCCACUGGAGAGCCCGUGCCCACCAUCGAGUGGCUGUGGGCAGGUCGCCCCUUGCAGGCCAGUCGGCGGCUCCAGACCCUGCCUGAUGGGAGCCUGUGGCUGGAGAGCGUGGAGGCUGGGGAUGCAGGUGCCUACGACUGCAUCGCUCACAACCUCCUGGGCUCUGCCACAGCCCGGGCCUUCCUGGUCGUGAGAGGGGAGCCCCAGGGGAGCCGGGGAAGCAUGAUGGGGGUGAUCAAUGGCCAGAAACUUGGCGUGGCCAUGCUCAACACCAGCGUGAUGCAGGAGGCGCGCUCCGGGGUCGCCAGCAUCCACAGCAGCAUCCAUCAUGUCCCAGCAAACGUGGGGCCUCUAAUGCGGGUGCUCGUGGUCACCAUCGCCCCCAUCUACUGGGCCCUGGCCGGAGAGAGUGGGGAGGCCCUGAACGGCCACUCCCUGACGGGGGGCAAGUUCCGGCAGGAGUCACACGUGGAGUUUGCUACAGGGGAGCUGCUCACGAUGACCCAGGUGGCCCGGGGCCUGGAUCCCAAUGGCCUCCUGCUCCUCGAUGUGGUGGUCGAUGGUGGUGUCCCUGAGAGCCUGGCUGACGCAGAUCUGCACGUGCAGGACUUUGAGGAGCGCUAUGUGCAGACAGGGCCUGGCCGGCUGUUUGUGGGCUCCACACAGCGCUUCCUCCAGGGCAGCCUCCCCUCGUUCCUGCGCUGCAACCACAGCAUCCAGUACGACUCGGCCCGGGGCCCCCAGCCCCAGCUGGUACAGCACCUUCGGGCCUCGGCUGUCAGCUCGGCCUUCGACCCAGAGGCCGAGGCCCUGCGCUUCCGACUCACGACAGCCCUGCAAGCGGAGGAGAACGAGGUCGGCUGCCCCGAGGGCUUUGAGCUGGACUCCCAGGGAGCUUUUUGUGUGGAUAGGGACGAGUGCUCGGGAGGCCCCAGCCCCUGCUCCCACUCCUGCCUUAACGCACCCGGCCGCUUCUCCUGCGCCUGCCCUGCUGGCUUUGCCUUGGCCUGGGAUGACAGGAACUGCAGAGAUGUGGACGAGUGUGCAUGGGAUGCCCACCUCUGCCGAGAGGGACAGCGCUGUGUGAACCUGCUGGGGUCCUACCGCUGCCUCCCUGACUGUGGGCCUGGCUUCCGGGUGGCUGCUGAUGGGGCCGGCUGUGAAGAUGUGGACGAAUGCCUGGAGGGGGUGGACGACUGUCACUACAACCAGCUCUGCGAGAACACCCCAGGCGGUCACCGCUGCAGCUGCCCCAGGGGCUACCGGAUGCAGGGCCCCAGCCUGCCCUGCCUAGAUGUCAAUGAGUGCCUGCAGCUGCCCAAGGCCUGCGCCUACCAGUGCCACAACCUCCAGGGCAGCUACCGCUGCCUGUGCCCCCCCGGCCAGACCCUCCUCCGAGAUGGCAAGGCCUGUACCUCACCGGAACGGAAUGGACAAAACGUCACCACCGUCAGCCACCGAGGCCCUCCAGCGCCCUGGCUGCGGCCCCGAGCCUCCGUCCCCGGUGGCUCCUAUCAUGCCUGGCUCUCUCUCCGGCCGGGUCCCAUGGCCCUGAGCAGCAUGGGCCGGGCCUGGUGCCCUCCUGGCUUCAUCAGGCAGAACGGAGUCUGCACAGACCUUGAUGAGUGCCGGGUGAGGAACCUGUGCCAGCAUGCCUGCCGCAACACCGAGGGCAGCUACCAGUGCAUGUGCCCCGCCGGCUACCGCCUGCUCCCCAGCGGGAAGAACUGCCAGGACAUCAACGAGUGUGAGGAGGAGGGCAUUGAGUGUGGACCCGGCCAGAUGUGCUUCAACACCCGAGGCAGCUACCAGUGUGUGGACACGCCCUGUCCUGCCACCUACCGGCAGGGCCCCAGUCCCGGGACGUGCUUCCGGCGCUGCUCGCGGGACUGCAGCUCGGGCGGCCCCUCCACGCUGCAGUACCGGCUGCUGCCGCUGCCCCUGGGCGUGCGCGCCCACCACGACGUGGCCCGCCUGGCCGCCUUCUCCGAGGCCGGCGUCCCCGCCAACAGCACCGAGCUCAGCGUGCUGGAGCCCGACCCGCGCAGCCCAUUCGCGCUGCGCCCGCUGCACGCCGGCCACGGCGCCGUCUACACCCGCCGCGCGCUCACCCGUGCCGGCCUCUACCGGCUCACCGUGCGCGCCGCAGCCUCGCGCCACCAAAGCGUCUUCAUCCUGCUCAUCGCUGUGUCCCCCUACCCCUACUGAAUGGGGGAGGGCAUCGGCGGCCGCCCCGUCGUGACCCCCGAGGCGGGGUGGGGGAGGAGCCCUGGUCCAUGCCACCUGCUGUGGCAAGCGUAGCGUCAUCCUCUCCUGCCCCGUGCGUCAGUGAGACCUUGGGUCAACACGACCCUGCAUGCAGCCUUGAUCCCUGGCAGGGAGGAUCUGAGCUUGCAGAGGAAGGCGUCCAGGGCGGCCCCUGGGUGGCCAGGCCAGCAGACAGGGCCCGGGGAAGCCUCCAGGCCCUCAUCUGCCCCUCCAUAGGAGCGGGACAGGGACACAGGGCACCUGGACGCCCAGGAGAGGGGACAAGCCCUGCUUUGGGGGCAGCAGCUGUCGCCCGGCUACACCUGGUGGUGUCAUUCUGAACCUUGUUACAAUAUAAAAACGAUUGUUUUUUAA